AUGGCAUGGUGCCCGCACCUUGAGGACUUGAGGAUCGACACCAACAAGAGUAUCAUGAUGGACGGUCCUUGGUUCCGACCCACCGACGCAACACGCAAGACACCUCCUGAGCUCCGACUCAAGCCGACUCGUCUUGUCUCGUUGGUUCAUGUCAAUGUUUGUGUUAAACAUCAGGACCUGCAGGACUUGCUGGAGAUGUUUCAUGCUUCGGCCAAGAGGGAGCCUAUCAGAGAUGCCCAGAUGGAGCUUCAGGAUUUCGGACCGGCGCUUUUGGAUGUAUUCUCGGGCCGUUCGAAUGUUAUCAUGAGCUUGGAGAUUGUCAAUGAGGGAUGGACAUCCGUCGGAGGUCUUGCCCCGGUACCUGUGUGUAUCUCCACAUCUCCUCCACCUCAAGGUGCACAGGAUAGGGAUCAUCGUUGA